AUGGGCAGCAGCCCUUCAAUCCAGCAGAAUCAUGAUUUCGUAGAACAUCAUCCCCAGUACCCAGACAUGAAUGCGAUCUUCAGAGGAAUCCCAAAAAUGCUUCAGCCAGAAGAAGUCGUGCCUUCUGGGUACUACUUCCAUUCUCAGAGUACGUCCGAACCUUGGAAACGGAUGAAGACCUCAUCAAAUCAGCGCGACGAAAUGGAAGAGAACGAUUUUUUUGAUAUCCCACCCGACAUGACCGAAUCCGGGCCUAACGGCAGUGUCAGUUACAAGUUUGUUUUACAGUAUCGGGAUCGCGAAGACCUCUUCAGACCAUAUAUGAAGAAAGGGACCAAGGCUCCACUCGAGAUACCAGAAAAGCGGACCACGGAUAUACACCUCUCUGUCGAGAAGCUGCCGUACGUCGACUCCUGA